AUGGCUUGUUACAUUGAUGCAUCUAUUCCGUCAGGAAAUGGUCGUCGAAUUACACUACUCGGUACGGAUUUGAUCUUUGCGAGCAUCGAUAAUGUUUUUGUUUAUCCAACUGUUGAUGUCGAUCGAUUACGAAAUGCUCUUAGUGAAACGCUUUCUCUAUGGCCGAUUCUAACUGGUCGUAUUAUUGUCAAUGAUGACGAAUACAUGAUUGAAUGUUCUGAUAAUUCUGUUCCAUUUAAUUAUAUCGAAAAUAAUGAAUUGGAAUGUUGGCCAGAUUUACCUGUUGUUGUUGAUGAUAAAGCAAUACUUGAACCGUUUAUUGAUUCCGUUCAAUAUAAAACUGAAGUUGAACCACUUCUUCGAUUUAAGGUUACUUAUUUACUUCGUAGUAAGGAAUAUAUUGUUGGUACAAGUACAUCACACUUAGUUGGUGACGCCUAUUCAAAUAUCCGUUUUCUAAAUGAUCUUUCUCAAAUUUAUCAACAUCUUGAACCUUUACCACCUCGUCCUAUUUUUCAACGAUGUUUACUCAAGAAAGAAAAAUUGGAUCUUUCUUUUCCGCUUAUUAAGGAAAUAUCAGAAAAAGCUGAAAAGAUUGAAUCUUUUUUUGGGCGUAUUAUCAAAGGAAAAUCCGAAACUGAACAAAUCAAUUUAUCUUUUUCUUCUGAACAACUUAUUAGAUUACAUAGUAUUGGUAAAUGUGAUGAUGAAGAAGUGACGACUCAUGAUACACUUUGUGCUUAUAUUAUUAUUACUUUAAAUAAAUAUUUUUUUCUUACGACGGAUGAACAUAUCCAACGUGCUCGUAUGAUUAUUAAUUAUCGUGGUAUUUGUGAUUCAUUAGUGACACAUGAACAUGUCGGAAAUUACAUUAUUUCAAUACCAUCUUCUCAGUUUACAGAUUCACUUUCUUUACCAUCUACUGCCAAAAUAAUUCGACAAGCAAUUAAAACGAUUCGUAAUGAAGACUUUCUCGAAAAAAUGGCUUGUUUCACCUGA